AUGGGGAAUACAGCUAGUGUAGCAGGGCAUGGCUGCCUUGUAUCCGCUGUUGCGGGAAACAGCGCACGGGUACAAGUUGAGGGCGGGCCUUUACUGGGCCUCAAUGGUGUGCAUCCGUAUAACUUGAAUUUCCCCGUGAAGCCGGUUGCGGUAACGUUCCCGGAGACGUCGAAACAAGUUGCGGAUAUCGUGAAAUGCGCUACUGAGUAUGGGUACAAGGUUCAAGCGAGGAGUGGUGGGCAUAGUUACGGGAAUUAUGGGCUGGGUGGUAUGGAUGGUGCCGUGGUUGUUGAUAUGAAGAAUUUCAAGCAAUUUUCAAUGAACAAGAACACGUACACUGCUACGAUUGGCCCUGGCCUCAGCAUGAGGGAACUUGACAUGCAUCUGUAUAAUUCGGGGAAAAGAGCGAUGGCGCAUGGGAUCUGCCCCGGCGUGGGCGUAGGAGGCCAUCUGACUAUCGGAGGCAAAGGUCCAACGUCUAGGCAGUGGGGACUUGCUUUGGAUCACAUCGAAGAAAUUGAAAUUGUUCUCUCCAACUACAGUAUUGUCAAAGCAUCAGACAGUCUCAAUCCCGACAUCUUCUUUGCCGUCAAGGGUGCUGCCGCAAGCUAUGGAGUUGUUACCGAGUUCAAGGUUCGCACAGAGCCAGCACAGAAGCAGGCUGUCCAAUAUUCAUAUACCAUUAAUCUUGGGAGCAUUACCGAGCGGGCACGGCUGCUAAGGGACUGGCAAGCAUUCGUUGCGGAUCCCCAGCUGACACGCAAAUUUGCUGGCAGCCUUAUUGUGUUCCCAAAGUCGAUCGUGAUUACGGGUAUAUUUUACGGCACAAAGGAUGAAUAUGAUUCCCUAGGCCUGGAAGAACGUUUCCCCAAAAGCAAUCCCGGAAACAUAGUGAUAUUGACCGACUCACUUGCAAUGACCACCAAUGCCGUUGAAGAUGUAGUCCUAGGAAUUACAACUGAUAUCCCGUGGUAUUUCUACUCUAAAUCAAUCGGCCUUUCGCGCAAGAACCUCAUCCCACUAUCCGGAAUGGAGGAUAUCUUAAAUUAUCUCGAUGGUGCGCCGGUGGGCCUCGACUUUUGGUUCGUUACUUUCGAUCUGGUCGGUGGCGCCGUGAAUGACUAUGCUACAAAUUCUACCGGGUAUCCGCAUCGUGAAAUCCUUAUCUGGGUGGACGCUAUGCUGGGUGGCAUCAUUAUUCCAACCACAAAACCCCAAUAUGACUUUCUCGAUGGAUUUUGGCAUGCAGUCAUUCAGGCUCUGCCAUUGCCAGAGUCAGAUGUUCCUGUGUAUCCAGGUUAUGUGGACCCUCGGUUACCGAACGCUCAACGCCAUUACUGGGGACCUAACCUCUCCAGGUUAGGGCAAAUAAAAGCGGCUGUGGAUCCUGAUGAUGUGUUCCAUAAUCCUCAGGGUGUGCAGGUUGGGCGGACUUGAAUGAGCCGUAUCAUUUCGGCCGAAGAAUUGUAUAUCUGUAUUU